GUAUUGGAUGCAAUCCAACUUGGCCUACUUUGUCACAAAUCUGCUUGUAGUGCUUGGAGUGCUUGUACACAUGUUGAGACCACUAACGAAAUCGUCUCACAAAUUUGCAUCAUUUAAAGGUGUGCAACGUUUACUGACAAGAUGUAAAUCAGAUAAUUCCAUUCCUACCAAGAAGUAUGACUUGGUUGUGGUAGGUGGAGGCUCUGGAGGUUUGGCAUGUUCAAAAGAAGCUGCCACUUAUGGAAAACAUGUAGCUGUGUUGGACUAUGUGGAGCCAUCCCCCCAAGGGACCAAGUGGGGUCUUGGAGGUACAUGUGUCAAUGUAGGCUGUAUUCCCAAAAAACUGAUGCACCAGGCAGCCCUCCUGGGAGAAGCAGUGCAGGAUGCUAGGAAGUAUGGAUGGACAGUUCCAGAAAAUGGGAUUCAUAAUAACUGGGAGACCAUGAGCAGUGCAGUACAGAACUAUGUUAGAUCACUGAAUUGGGGGCACAGGGUGCAGCUGCAAAGCAAAAAUGUGGAAUAUCUGAAUGCAAAAGGUUAUUUUCUUGACAAUCACACACUUGAGGCUACAGACGCCAAAGGUAGAAAGAAAAGAAUUGUGGCAGACAAUUUUGUAGUAGCAGUAGGUGGAAGACCAAAGUAUACAGAGAUACCAGGUGCAUUAGAAUGUGCUAUAAGCAGUGAUGAUAUAUUUUGGUUGAAGAAUAAACCUGGAAAAACUAUGGUGAUUGGUGCUAGUUAUGUAGCCUUAGAGUGUGCAGGUUUCCUCACUGGUCUUGGCUUUGAUACAUCCCUCAUGAUUCGCUCAAUACCUCUCAGGGGAUUUGACCAGCAAAUGGCACACCUGGUCACAGAUCAUAUGGCAUCUCAUGGUACCAACAUGCUAUGGAAAUGUGUUCCUGAAAGUAUGGAGAAACUGAGUGAUGGGAAGAUCAAGGUGACAUGGAAGAACACAGAGACAGUAGAGGCUGGGUCAGACAUUUAUGAGACUGUCCUUAUGGCUGUAGGUCGUGCCCCUGAGACCACCAAGAUAGGGCUGGACAAUACUGAGGUCCAGUUGCAUGCCUCUAGUGGUAAGAUCCUGGGUGAGCAUGGUGGUGACCUGGAGAGGAGCUCUGUACCUCAUAUAUAUGGCAUUGGAGAUAUUUUAGAGGGGCGCCCUGAACUGACCCCAGUAGCAAUCAAGGCAGGGAAGCUGCUGGCUCAUAGGUUGUAUGGCAAUUCCACAGUACAGAUGGACUAUGAUAAGGUCCCCACUACUGUGUUUACACCUUUAGAAUAUGGCUGUGUUGGCUUAUCUGAAGAAGAAGCAUUAGACAAGUAUGGUGAGGACAACUUGGAAGUUUAUCAUGCUUUCUACAAACCUCUCCAGUAUUCAGUGGCAGAAAGAGAUGCUUCUCAGUGCUACAUAAAAAUGAUCUGUGAUAAAGAGGGUGACCAGAAAGUUCAUGGAUUACAUUUUCUAGGACCCCAUGCUGGGGAGGUGCUGCAGGGAUUUGCUGUUGCUAUAAGGUGCAAUCUGACCAGAGAGAUAAUGGACAGCACACUAGGUAUUCAUCCCACCAGUGCUGAGGAAGUGGUCAAGAUGCACAUCACCAAGCGGUCAGGACUGGACCCUACUGUCACUGGCUGCUGAGGUUAAAUACACCCCUGCUCUCAAUACGCCUCACUGCACUCCUUCCUAGUGGUCAGUUUAUGCUUUCAGGAUAAGCUGAAAUAAUUGACAUAAAUCCUAGUGGUUAGGGUUAAAACAGAGCAUCACUUUUGUAUCAAGUUGGAAUUCAACAGGAUGACAUUUGUGUAACUUACAGAAAAAUUAUGAACAACAAGUCUGAUUUGAUAUUCAGGAAGAUGGUCUGGGAUGUGUAGUGCAGUGAAAGUGAAAGAACAUGAGGCAUUAUCAGACACAUUAUUCAAUAUUUUGUUUAUCUGAAUUUGGCACUACAUGUAUCUCAACAGAAAGUGUGGUUACAAUUUCUAAUUAUCCCUACACCUGGGCAUGUUUAAACUUACCUUAGUAAUGGUGACAAUUCCAGGGACAACAGAGGGAUUACGUGUGUCCCUUUGAUGAGCUAAUCAUAAUCACAUUGUCUGCUGAGACAGUCUGUAUAAAAAGAGUCUGUAUAAAAAUCGGUCACAACUGCACUGUAAAUGUUUCUUAAAUUUCAAAUUCUGUUUCUUUUCACUCAAAUGAAAUGCUAUGAUGUUGCCUCAUGAUCUGGCAGGGGUGUGUUUGAAAUGUAUGUGUGUGUAUUAUCACAAGAGCUUACUGGUGAACAUCUUAAGUUCUGAGCAUACACAACUGUUGUUGUUAUUUAAUUGCCAUCAAUGACGACAUGUUUGUAACUUCAGAAAUGAAACAAACUUGUCUGAUGUUCUGGCAAACGUGUAUUGUAUACAUGUAGAUAAUUUAUAUAUGCUGUUGCUGUACCAAGUUAUUUAAAAAUGUUAAUGAAAAUUGCCCGUAAGACGGUCAAAAUAUGUUAUCAACACUGAAACGAUUAUCAAGUAUGUGCACCAAUGAAAUAUUUGUCAGCUUUUUAGAAAUCUUUUUAAUUUCAAUUAAGUGUGAAGAUCUGUCAGUGACUCCAUAGUUGUUUUGGGCACAGCUGUUUUUUAUGCUUACAUGUGUAGAAAAAGUGUUGGAUUCAAGACAUGAAAUAUUUUUAUUGUUAA